AGAGACUCCCGCGUCUCCUCCACGAUGCUCCAAACCAACUUUUUACGCACGACAUGAAUCCACUGAACGACACCAGGACAGACAGAAACGGCGCCAGUUCACUUUUUUCGCAAGGGACGUACAAAGUUUUAGCGUUAACCAUCGGGACUAUUGGUGUUUUUGGGUUUUGUAAUAACGUAGUGGUGAUUGUUCUGUACUGUAAGUUUAAACGUUUACGCACGCCCACGAACCUGCUCCUCGUGAACAUAAGUCUGAGUGAUUUUCUAGUCUCGGUCACGGGGAUAAACUUCACCUUCUUCGCGUGCGUAAAAGGCGGAUGGAUAUGGAGCCAAGCGACGUGCAUCUGGGACGGGUUCAGCAACAGUUUAUUUGGUAUUGUGUCCAUCAUGACCUUAGCAGCAUUAGCCUAUGAGCGCUACAUCCGGGUGGUGCAUGCACAGGUGGUGGAUUUCCCGUGGGCAUGGAGAGCGGUGGGGCACAUCUGGCUCUACUCUCUGGCCUGGACUGGGGCCCCUCUCAUUGGGUGGAACCGCUACACGCUGGAGGUCCACCGGCUCGGCUGCUCCCUGGACUGGGCCUCCAAAGACCCCAACGAUGCGUCCUUCAUCCUCCUCUUCCUCCUCGCCUGCUUCUUUGUACCUGUGGGGAUCAUGAUUUACUGCUACGGCAACAUCCUCUACACUGUGAAAAUGCUGCGUUCACUCCAGGAGCUGCAGACGGUUCAGAUCAUUAAAAUCCUGCGUUAUGAGAAGAAGGUAUCUGUGAUGUUUCUCCUGAUGAUCUUCUGUUUCCUGGUUUGCUGGACUCCAUAUGCAGUGGUCUCCAUGCUUGAGGCCUUUGGUCGUCAUAAAAACAUGGUCUCUCCCACGGCCGCUAUCAUCCCCUCCUUCUUCGCCAAGUCCAGCACGGCCUACAACCCGCUCAUCUAUGGCUUCAUGAGCAGGAAGUUCCGUCGCUGUCUGGUCCAACUACUCUGUUCCCGCCUCUCCUGGCUCCAGCGUGGGCUGAAAGAGCGCCCCCUAGCCCCCGUGGAGCGCCCCAUUCGCCCCAUAUUUGUGUCGGGGAGCUGCAGUGGGCGAGACAAACCCAAAAAGAGGGUGACUUUUAACACUUCAUCCAUAGUCUUCAUCAUAACCAGUGAUGACCUUCAGCAUCUGGGUGUCUCCUCCAAAACAGGAAGUGAGUCCCAGGUUAAUGUCAUCCAAGUGCGGCCACUGUGAGCUCCCCCUGGAGACAGGGAGGUGUUUGUGAACUCUGUUUCUACUUCUGUCCACAAAAAUCUUAAAACAACCUGACAAAUGAUUAUUAUUUGUUUUCAGUGGAAAAAGAUGUUGCAUGUGACUGGAAGCUGAAACCAUUUCAAAAGGUGCACUGUGUAACUUUUCUGUUUCCGCAAAGAUGUUAUUGCGCCUUGAAUGUUCCACACAAGUAUGGGUCACACAGUAUGGGUCUAUGGAUAUAAGAAUAUAUUUCAGAAUUAUAAUGGAAGAUGGAUGCUGUUUAAUGCUGUACUGUGAAACAUUCCAGAAUAACCAAUAACAUCCAAGACAGGAAAAGUUACAUAGUUCACCUUUAAGGGUCCUAUAACAGAUCAUGCAAAAUGUUAUUUUAUUGAGUUUUUUAGUUAUGUCAUUAAAAAACAAAUAAAAUCCUCAUACUUUUUUUUUUUUUUUUUGAAGAUCAGUUCUAAAUUUGAAAGACAAUGACUUUUAUCUAUGGACAAAGCAGUAUUUUCUAAAACUAACUGACCUCCAGGACCUGUGUCUGCAGAUGUCCUCCUCACACACUUUAUGCAGGUUUAGUGACCCAUAUUCACCAUCAGUUCCUCAUAAUGUAAUCAAUUUUGUUGGUUGAUUAAAGUAAUUUCAUAGCAUAACCAGUGCAGAGGUUUCAGUAAGGUAUCACUGAGUGCAUUGAUGUACUACAAAGUAAAGCUGGACCGUUAUUGUCAUGUAGAAAAACCUGUUCUCUGAAUUUGUAUUACAGACCAAACCAUGAAUCAACCCCAUUUAGUGCUGGAGCAUGGGCAGAGCUGGGUAGUAUACUCUUUACUUUACUCACAAUUUGCUUACAUUUACUUGAAUAACCUUUCAGUAUAAAUAUAGUAUUUUGACACCAUACUUAAAGAGGGGGUAUUUACAUGGAGCUUUCUACCAUGUUAUAAAAAUGCCUGAAGUAGUUAUAGUUGUCAUCAGUACAUAUUUCAGUAAUUUGGCAAUCUCUCCUGGGCCCUACUGAAUCCUCCUUACGGUAUCCAAUACUCCUUCCCCUGGCCUACAUGUUUAACAGUAGCCAAUCAGUAGCCACACCUUAUAAAAUCGGGGAUAUCAUAAUUUUUUUGUAACUGCUACAAUAGCCUACCCUAUUCAUGUUUCUCUAUAUUUGCCUUGAUUUGAGACUUGUACUGUGUUCACUGUUCGGAGGCAGACGUUUUAAGACCUGACUUUGGAAAAACAUGUAGAUUUGAUUUUGGUUGGCACCCAACUGUGAGUGUGCAGACAGAACAGGCAAACCAUAAUGUUAAUUUUGCCAUUUUAGAAGCAUAUUGUACACAGAGUAAUAAUAUCAUGUAUGGACUCAAUAAAGAGAUGCUAUUUUAAGCAG